CUGAUUUUCAGCUCCCGCAAACACAAAGGCCGUCGAUCGCCAAGGCCACCCUCUUUGUAGCGCGCACCCUAUUGCAUAGUAGUAUCCCACGCCUAUAUAAACCUGAAGACACUGCUCGAAGCCUACGCGCAUCCAACAGAGGCUCAAACCAUCAGGCCCACUUCGUACAUACACUUGACACGCGCGCCGCCGCUCGCUCGCCACGAUGCUCGAGUACUUCACAUACAAAAAGGUCAAGAAGCACCGGGCGCAAAAGGGCGCAGAGAGAGACGCAAAGGACGAGGCCCAGCGCCACGCCGACAAGAUCAAGGACUCGGACGAGAUUCUCGACGAGCGCGCCCGCCGGCAGGACCGCGACAAGGCCGCGCACCAGCAUAAAGAUAAGCAUCACCACCAACGCCUUGACGAGCUUCAGCGGUCGUCGCCUGUGCUGGACGCAGACGACGAGUCUUUCCUCGAGGAGUUGCUAGCCAGUCACGACGGCCCCGCCCCGCCGCUCCCCCCGCGAACUUACGCCGCCGCCGAGCUCGACUGGCCGUCCGACAACGAAGCUGCCGCAUCGUCCUUGGUCGCGCGCGAGGGGGCUGGCGGCGGCAGCGACGGCGGCGGCGACGGCGAGCCAUCACAGUCGCAUAAGAAGGGAGGUGCGGACAACAAGACCACCGCGGCCGAAAAGAAGCCGAGCCGAUUCUCCUCGCUCUUCAUUCGACACAAGAAGACGGGGCAGGGCCUGGAGCCCGAGAACGACGACGUGUCCCCCGCCGAGGGCGAGCGCGAGACAAAGGACCUCGGCCGCGUGCUCGACCGCCUCAACCUGUCGGCCAAGAACAACAAGGUCAUCUCGACCGACUCGUCCGAGGUGCUGCAAAAGUUCACGCAGGUCUUCAAGGACCUGGUCAACGGCGUGCCCACCGCGUACGACGACCUGGCCAAGCUCGUCGAGGACCGCGACGGCACCCUCUCCAAGGGCUUCGACAAGCUGCCCUCGUCGCUUAAGAAGCUCGUCACCCAGCUUCCCGAGAAGAUCACGCAGAACCUCGGCCCCGAGAUCCUCGCCGCCGCCGCCGGCUCCCAGGGCAUCAAGGCCGAGGCCGAGGGUGGCAUCAAGGGCACGGCCAAGAAGAUCUUGCUGCCGCACAACAUCACCGAGCUGGUGACCAAGCCCGGCGCCAUUGUCGGAAUGCUGCGCGCCAUUGUCGAGGUCCUCAAGACGCGCUGGCCGGCCUUUAUCGGCAUGAAUGUCAUAUGGAGCGUUGCGCUCUCGUUACUGCUCUUCGUGCUGUGGUAUUGCCACAAGCGCGGCCGCGAGGUGCGUCUCGAGCGCGAGAAAUCGGAAUCAGCCAUCGAUGGCAGCGAUCGCAUCGAGGAGCUACCCGAUGACCCGGCCCUGCCGGCGCCUGAGACGCGUGUCGUAGACGCCGACGCUGAGAUUGCCGCAUUGGCAGCCGCGCCCGGGCCGACUGGAUUAUCUGCCGCGAGGCGGCGAGAAGCGUCGUCGCCGCGACGGUCCUGAGCGAGUUGGGGAUCGGUUUCGCGAUGACCGAGUGACGACAGGUCUGUGGAAAUUGGGAGACAUGGGUCACGACGGUAAUGAAAACAGGCCGAUCUAUUGGCAUGAUUGGCAUGGAUUGCAUCGUUAUUAUAUGCUACAAUGUGGGCGGAGCUGGAUUAACGUUCCGCAGACACGCGGGCAUACAUAUUGUAAACUUGGGUACGUGUCCUUCAAACGCAAUGGGUAUCUCAACCUACGAGCCUCGUGACCACGCCGUCAACCCAGGCGUCUAUGCUCAGUCGUCCUGUACCAACUCCUUGAUUUCCUCGCGCCCGAGGCCCAUGGCUGAAGAGCCUUCGCGUGGGGCCGUGCCGUUCUGAUCCGUCGAGCCGCCACCAUCUUGCAUCCAAAAGUCUACCUCGUCGACCACGUCGUACACGAUGUCCUCGGCAAUCUGCUCCCUCCACCGCUCCGACAGCGCCCUGAUCCGUGGCUCCGUCGGGAUCAUGUCCACAUCGUCGUCCGUGGAAACCGACGCGUGCUUGUAGCCCG